AUGACCGCCACGCAAGAGGGCGGCGUCGUCGCCAGCGGCAAGAUCACCGUGCCGCUCUGCGUCUCCACCUUCAGCUUCUUCGUAAACGCCAAGCCCGGCGUCGUGCUGACGGCCACCCAGGCGUAUCAGAUCUAUAGCGGCGCUAUCUCCGCCUGGGGCGCCGUUCCCGGCGCGGUUGGCAAGGUCGCGGGCGCCAUUACCCGCGUUGCUCGCAGCGACAAGUCCGGAUCCACGGCGAUUGUGAAGACGAUGUGGUCCAAGGCCGUCUCGGGCUAUGGCGACGGCACGGACGGCACGGCCAUGACGUAUGCCGGCCUCACCAAGGUGGAGGGCACGACCGCCGUGUGCGCCGCCGUGCUCAAGACCAAGGGCGCCAUCGGCUACGCGUUCACCGGCGGAUGCAGCGUCGUGUACAACCGCCGCAAGCCCAACAACCCGAACCGCGUGAUCGCCGCGCUCAAGAACGCCAACGGCGUCGCCGUCGUGGGUCCCCGGCGCGGCGCUCGUGGGCGCGCCUCCCGCAGCCGACGGGUCCUGGAGCAGCGUGGAUUUCAUCUGGAAGGCCGGAGCGAAGACCCCUGCGAUGGUUUCCAUGGAUUGUCAGCCCCUCCCCUGUUCUUCUCCCCUUUCCACAUCCUGCUCUCGCCCCCUCCUCUGGCCUACUACUCACAAGGGUAG